CAUUGUGCCACGCUGCCUAAGAUCUCAGCUAAAUCACUGUCACUCUCUCUCUCUCUCACCCGAAAAACCAGAGUGUUUCCAGACUCAGGAAGCGGAAACGAACAGAAGCGAACCCACCAUGUUGUGCCUGAGAGCAAACCCAUCGUUUUUUCUUCUUCUUCCUCUGUCUUUCUUCCUCUUCAUCUCUUCAGCCUUCGCAAGCUCUCGGUUCCACCACACGCUACGUAGUCCAGGUGAUUUUAAUGGGAUUUUUGUUGAGAAAGAAUAUGGUGGGGUGGUGCAUUGGAACACAAAGAAGUCUGUUGCGGAGAAGAGUGCAGGUAACUCGUUUCUGAUAUUGGCUGAGACGAGGACACUCAGGAAGGACCCUCUUGACGGGUUUAACCGCUACACUGGUGGCUGGAAUAUCAGCAAUGAACAUUACUGGGCUUCUGUUGGUUUAACCGCGGCGCCAUUCUUUAUCAUUGCUGGCGUUUGGUUUGUGCUUUUUGGUCUAACCUUCUCCAUUAUCUGUCUCUGCUAUUGCUGUUGUCCAAGAGAGCCUUAUGGCUAUUCUCGAACAGCCUAUGCUCUGUCGCUUAUUUUUCUCAUCCUCGUCACCCUUUCAGCAAUUGCUGGAUGCAUAGUUCUGUACACUGGUCAGGGCAAGUUUCACAGCAGUACAACCAACACACUGGAUUAUGUUGUGAAUCAGGCAGAUACCAUUGUUGAAAACCUCAGAAAUGUGUCAGGUUAUCUUGCUGCAGCCAAGGGAAUCAUAGUGGAUUCGAUAUUUCUGCCAUCAGAGGUGCAGCAGAGCAUUGACAUUAUUGAAACAAAGAUCCAGUCUUCUGCUUCCACUCUUUCUCAGAAGACUUCAGAUAAUUCAAAGGAUAUACAAGAUGGCCUGGAUAGCGUAAGACUGGCUCUUAUCAUUGUUGCGGCUGUCAUGCUCUUUUUGGCAUUUCUUGGAUUUUUAUUUUCCAUUCUUGGGAUGAAACCUCUGGUAUACUUCUUGAUAAUGAUUGGGUGGAUUCUUGUCACUGGCACAUUCGUUUUAUGUGGCAUUUUUCUCCUCCUCCAUAAUGUGGUUGCAGAUACAUGUGUUGCAAUGGAUGAGUGGGUCCAGAACCCCACUGCACAUACAGCUUUAGAUGAUAUACUCCCAUGUGUGGACAAUGCAACCGCCCAAGAAACCCUAUUACAAUCCAAAAAUGUCACCUACCAGCUUGUCAUUGUAGUUGACGUCAUGAUCAACAAUAUCUCUAAUGUUAAUUUUUCCCCCAAAGCUGGGCCCUUGUAUUUCAAUCAAUCUGGUCCAUUGAUUCCUAUUCUUUGCAACCCGUUUCAUCCUGAUCUCUCGCGCCGGCAUUGUGCACCUGGUGAGGUGCAGCUGAGAAAUGCUCCAGAGGUGUGGAAGGAUUAUACCUGUCAAGUUUCAGCAUCUGGUAUUUGUGCCACUCCUGGCCGGUUGACCCCCAUCUUCUACAGCCAGAUGGCUGCUGCUGUAAAUGUGAGCUAUGGAUUGUAUCGCUAUGCUCCAUUCCUGAUUGGUUUGGAGGACUGCACAUUUGCACGGAAAACAUUCAGAGACAUCAAAAAAGACCAUUGUCCUGGCCUGCGAAGAUAUAGUGAAUGGAUUUAUAUUGGGUUAGUAAUAGUAUCUGCUGCGGUAAUGCUGUCAAUGAUCUUCUGGGUUAUUUAUGCCAGAGAGCGGCGCCAUCGUGUAUAUACUAAAAAUCUUAUGGCUAGAUCCUUGGAUGAAGAAGACAAGGCCACAUAGAGAUAUCCUAGUGUAAUCAUCCAUGAUAGGUGAAAAAGUUGUUCUCAUGUAUAUUGGAGCGUUAAAAGUUCAGUACAAUAUAGGUUUGAUGAGAGUGCAAUGUCGGUGGUAUUUGUCCCUUCAUGGCACUUUGUUGGACAGUAUAUUGAUAAUGAAUAGCCGCUUCAAGGAGAAAUGGCCUUUUUAGUGCA